AUGGAUUCUCUGCCUUCGUCUACUAACGGGACAUCGUCCUCGUGGGAGUCCGUCUUCACGAAUGCUCAAUCCCAUAAGGCGAGCAUCGUGUUGCUCACUCCUACUAUCGGCAUCGUUCUCUGGUUCUUCGCCUCCUGGCAGACUUCUUCACUGAAAAGAUACCCUGGUCCUUUUCUAGCAGGAUGGACCAACCUAUGGCGUCUUUGGCAAGUCAUCUCAGCCGACUAUGCCCCUCGAAUGAAGAAGCUCCAUGAGAAGUACGGGCCCGUAGUACGACUGGGCCCGAAUCUCCUAGACAUUGACAUACCAGAGUUGGUCAAGGUCAUCUACAGCACCGACGGAAAAUGGACAAAGUCAAACUUUUACCAGAACAGCAGUUCCAUAAUCAAUGGCAAAAUCACAUAUCACAUGUUCAGCGAAGUCGACAAUGUCGAGCACGCCAGAUUGAAGAGGCCGGUGGUCCGACACUACUCCGUUCCCAGCGUGCUCGCAAUGGAGCCACACAUGGAUCAGGUCAUUGACGAGUUUUGCGAUCAUCUUCAAAGCCGAUUCGUCGACACUGGCAAGACUUGCGACUUUGGUGACUGGUUAGCAUACUAUGCAUGGGACUUCCUCGGCUACGUCACAUUCAGCAAGAAGUUUGGCUACAUGGACGCAGGCCGCGACUUUGACGGCACUCUAGCCAUCGGAGACCAGUCGAUCGACUACCUGGGCCUCUGCGGUCAGAUGCCGUGGAUGGACUACUGGCUCGACAAGAACCCGGUCUAUCCUCUCGGCCCACCAAAUAUCUCCAACGUGACCAGAAUCGCUGUUGAGAACAUGACUGAGCGCCUCAAAGGCGAAGAUACAAACUUUACGCCGGAGAAGCCGGACUUCCUGCAGUAUUUCAUCGAUUCCAAGGGAACGCAUCCUGAGAUUGUCAAUGAGGGUACAAUCAUUGGGUAUCUCCUGUUGAACUUAAUCGCCGGCGCUGACACAACAGCCAUCACCAUGCGCGCCCUAUUCUACUACUGCCUCAAGAACCCCCGCAUCUGGAAGCGCCUCGAAGCCGAAGUCGUAGCCAACAUCCCCAGUGACAAGCCGGCAUCCCACUCCGCCGCCCGCGCCCUCCCCUACCUCGAAGCAGUCUGCCGUGAAACGACCCGCUACCACCCAGCCGUAUCCAUGACGAUGGAGCGCAUCGUCCCCGAGGGCGGCCUUGCGCUCCCCGACGGCUCCGUCGUGCCCGGCGGCUCCCUCGUCGGCAUGAACCCGUACAUUGUGGGCCGCAACAAGAGUGUCUACGGCGAGGACGCCGACGAGUUCCGCCCCGAGCGCUGGCUGCGGCAGGAGGCUGAGGGCGAGGAGGCGUAUAAGCUGCGGAUGAGGCAGUGGAACGCGGCGGAUAUUACGUUUGGCGGGGGGUCGCGUAUUUGUCUUGGAAGGAAUUUGAGUCAGAUGGAGGUGUACAAGGUUGUUCCGUCGCUGAUUUCGAGAUUCGAGAUUGAGCUCGUGGAUCCGAAUGAGAAGUGGUGGACUAGCUCGCGGUGGUUUUACCGGACAAAGGGAGUUGUCUGUCACUUGAAGCGCAGAACCGCAAAGGUGUAG